AUGAAAAAGACACGAGAUCAAUGUAUAUUUGGUCAAUCAUUAGAAGAUACUUAUAAAUAUUCUCGAGAUAAAACUUCAUUUGUGCCUUUAAUUGUCCGACAAUGUUGUGAAUAUUUACUUGAACAUGGUUUAACAUUUGUUGGUUUAUUUAGAAUACCCGGUAAACAAUCUACAAUAAAAGAAUUACGUGAUAUGUAUGAUCGUGGUUUAUUAGUUGAAUUAAAAAGUUCUUAUUCACCUGCAACAAUAUCUUCAUUAUUAAAAACUUAUUUACAAUCAUUACCUGAACCAAUAAUUCCAAUAAAAUAUUUUGAUGAAUUUCUUGAAAUAGGUUCACGUUUUAAAUAUAAUCAAACAAAUGAUUUAUAUCGUUUAAAACAAUUAAUAGAAAUUAAUCUUACAAAUAUACAUCAUGCUAUUUUAGCAUAUUUAUGUUUAUUUUUAAAAAAAAUAACUGAUCAUGCUCAAAUAACUAAAAUGGAUACAGAUAAUUUAGCUGUCGUUUUUGGUAAUAAUCUUAUUCGACCAGCAGAUGAUCUUGAUCUUAAUAUGCUUAAAGGACAUAGUUUUAAUUUACUUCCAUUAAUUAAAGUAUUCAUCGAUCAUAGUGAAUAUCUCUUUUCGAAUAAUUCAAUAAAUCAAUUUCAUGAUUCAUAUGAACAAACAAAUGAAUCAAUAACAAAAUCAAGUGGAUUUUCAUCAUUUUCAUCAUUAUUAUCAUCAAAUGAUCAUUUAUUAUCAACAAAAUCUCGUUCAACAUCAUUACCAUCAUUAUAUAAAGGAACAUUUUCAUCAAUUGAUAGUGCAAAUAUAAGUGUAGAAAGUGAAUUAGAAUCUAAUGAUAUUAUACAACAACGAAAAUUAUCUAUUGAAAAACCAUCUAAUCUUACAUCGAAUUAUAUUAAUAAUCAUCAAUUAUCUUUACAAACAAAUCAAAUAAAUUAUAUAACAAUUCAAAAUGAAAUGGAUUUUUUUGAACAUAAAUCAAAUAUUCAACAAAAAAGAUUUGCUAGUACAGAUUUACUUAAUACAAGUGAUAAUAUUCAAGAACAAACUAAACACAAUCCAAGAUCAUUGAAUAAUAUUUUAAUUCAACAAAAACAAACAACCGGUAAAUAGUCAAAGAUUUUACUUGAAUGUUUCGUUUUUUUUUUUUUUUUAUUAUCACAGAUUUUUUUAAAUAUCUUUAGUGUUUCGUUUUGAAUAUAAUACCUCACAUGUAGAAUCCUGCAGGAUAAUCCCAAAUGUUCCGCGAGAGAGAACAAAAGUGAUUUUUCAAUUAUUCGAGACUGUUCUGAAGGA